AUGGAGACAUCACGGUACUUUGAACGUACCCUAUUCUAUGAUAGAAGCCCUGCGGCAGAUGAGUACUAUCAACGAUCUGCGGAUCUUAUAUUUGAAAAGGAUGCCUCCAAGGCGCUGAUUGAGGUCCGCUAUCAGCCAUCCAACGUCAGUUCCAAGCACCAAGAUCCUUGGGAACAUGAGGGCUUCACUAAAAAAGAGGAAAGACAGAAGAGAGGGUUGGGAUCAAAGGGACCGGAAGUCGCCAUUCCAACGCUUCAUGACAACAGCACGACUAACGAGUCAGUCUCUGAGGACGACAAAGACUAUCAACUCGACUAUGACCAGUCUACGCACUCACUGUUGGAUUUAAACGAAGCAUAUGAGAGUGACGAUGCUAAAUCUUUAUCAAGUCGAGCAUCUAGCACAGCGUUGCCCUCAGCUCUAGACCAGCGUCAAGGCGAAUUAGUUCCACCAAUGUACCCAGGCCUGCCGAAACUGAGCGUUCAAAAAAUUGUCCCUUCCAACAUAGAAGACUUCGUUCGGCGAACGAAGAACACCUUCCGGGUAUUCUAUCUUCGACAGAGACACUCGUACAGCCGCAUUCAGAUCACCAAGCAGCUUUUCGAACAACUCCUCAAUUCGUGCAAUGUCUUUCCGAGAUUUAAUGAAUACCUAGUUGGCUUCGGAAGCAAGAAAAGCGACGCGGAAGUGGGACCUCCUCCGCUAAAGUUCAGGCCUCUCUGCGCAGCCCAUAGCAAUGCGUAUCGCGGCUUUGAAUGUUCCUAUAUUCUUCGCUACGUGGAGUUCACCAACCGCCCCGGCGGGAAGAAACCGUGGUCCCUUCGACAAUUCGCAGUCUAUCAUCGAUUUAAGCCCAAUCAGCAAAGUCGCUGUUCAACAUGGAUUUUAGUCGGGGCAUCACAAAGGACAGAGCUUCGCCUUGAUCGGUACACUAGAAGCAUCGAAGACUUGAACCAAGCCAAUCCGUUUGAGCUCCAUGUCAUCUUCAUUGAUUCUGCGAUUGCGAGCUGGAGGCCUUACUUGGUGCACUUGACUCAGCUGGUGACAUAUCAGUCAAAUAAAGCGAUUGGUAUCAUGAUUGGUGACGACGGCGCUAGCGAGCAGUUCAUGUCGAUUGAAGUUGAGGACCAUCAGGACCUAAAACAGAUAGAAGAUGAAGUAUCUGAUCUGGUGCUCUGCCUUGACUCCACUUUAGAUACCGUAUCGACUUUUGAGGAGAUGUACAAUCACUUUCGCUCUCAUCAAGAUAACAACGAGUCGAGUCGAGGGUCGUCAUCUGGAUCAGCUUACGGGUCUGACGCCGUUAUGUUCGCAUUGAAAGAAAAGGCGAAGGAAAUCUCCUACACACGGAAGAAAGCGGAAGCCCUCCUCUCAAAAGUUCAGAACACGAGAACGUUGAUAUCCUCUUUAUUAGAAAGACAAACCGGCCAUAAUAUCGACCAGCAGAUAGCCGCGCUCCAGAAACUUGAACGACAAGGCCAUGACGAGAAUAUCAUCAUGAGACAACUAGCUGAGAAAAGUAGCCACGACUCGGCCAGCAUGAAAAUCCUCACUAUCAUUACGAUGAUUUACCUACCGUGCACUAUUGUGUCGAAUUUCUACUCAACACAAUUUGUCAAAUCAAAAGAAUCAGACACCGGCGACACAAAACUUGAGUACACUACGAAUUCUUGGUUGUUCUUCGCUAUAUCAGUUCCUUUGACGCUUUUUACGAUCCUGAUCUGGUACGUCUGGGUACACUCGGAAAGGCUCUUGCAGCUCGUUGUAAGAAGAGGCAACAUCCAUGGGAAAAGUCCAGAGAGGAAUACUCAGCUGUUUGGAACCGAGGAACCAUUCGUUGGGCUGCCACGAUGA